AGGCGCCAAUGCAAUGAUAUUGAAGGUUGUUGUAUGAAUUAAGCCGUCCGCAGUGCCUAUGAUUACGUGUUAGAAUCUAGUUAUGUGUGUGUGUCGUGUUAUAUCUGGUGUUUUGGUGGAUAGGGUGGCCUGGAAAUUUAAAACUUCUCCCAAACCUUUCCUAAGUAAUAGAUUCCUAUCAGUUGGCUCGGGACGUACUGCCAGCAUUGUGGGAAGUGAUGAAAAUUAUAAGGAAAGGUACUAGAAUUAUGCAUUUAAAUGCCAUUGUUUGUGGUUAAUAUUCAGUCAUUGAAUUUAUUGCUCCGACACACAAUAUUAUUUUAAAAAAAGUUUUAUUAUGCAAAUAAAUCGUGGUUGUCAUUAGCCAGGAUUUGACAUUGAUUUAUUAAUAAUUUCACUUUGCGAGAGUUGGUAUAAGAAUUCUCUUGUUUUGUGCCCGCGGUUUUUCGUAAUAUUGGAAAAUGUCGGCCAAGAAGAGUCCUCCCUUCACAGAAACGGAAAAAACUAUAUUGGUGGGCGAGGUAAGCAAUUUUAAAAACGUCGUAGAAAGAAAAAAAUGUGAUGUGACCUCGAAAGUUUCUAAAACUUCGGCAUGGCAGAAAAUUGCCGACAAUUUUAAUGCACAUGAGGGUGUUAGCUACCGCAACGUGGAACAGUUGAAAAGAUGUUGGGAAAAGUUAAAAUCUAUCUCAAAGACAGCAUUGACUGCCGAAUCACGUUAUCGAAUGGAAACAAGGGAUGGAUAUACAUAUGAUAGCAAGGUACGGGCAGAUGUGCUGGCAAUUGCCCCCUACAUAGCUGAGAAAAUGCAGAAUAAGUUUGAUUCUGCUCACAGCUUGAAGUUGGCUUCCGCUGCACCUGCUUCUAGUGCAACAAGUGCUGCUGACGAUGCUACUAGUAAUAGCAGUGUAGCUUGUGGAAAUAUUAUUGCUACAGUUAUAUCUGAUAAUAGCAAUAGUAACAGUAGUUGUAAUAUUAAGACAGCUGCUGCUGUUGAUAGUAACAUUGAGAUUACUGAGCCUGUUGCUAACAGUAAUGCAACUACUUCACCAGAUCCAGAAAUUGAAAAUCCUGUAAAUGUAAUGACUCCUACAACAAAUAGAAGGCGAAGAAAAUCAACAAUAUUUGAUCCGGAAAUAAGCAAGAGAAUAAAAAAACUAGAUGAAGGAAUUAAACAGCAGGAAGAAAUGCAUAUAGUAAAAAUGCAAAAUGAAAGAGAACUUCAUGAUCUAAAAACCAAAAUUUUGGAAAAGCAGCUCAGGAUUGAAGAGUUGAAAGAAAAAAUAUUAUUGAAGGAAUUAGAAGUUGCUAAAAAAUAAAUGAUUAUGCCUUCUCAAUUAUUGUUUUAUUUGCAAUCAAGUUACUCUUAUUUCAAUGAAAGUGUGUAUUUAUAAACAUCGUUGGGCAAUGAUUUCCAGCAUAAACCUCGGCUAAUGAUUUCCAAUAUAAACAUCAUUCUCUUUCUGUACUCUUUCUUCCUCUUCAGGCAAAGGAUCCCAGAUUGUUUGGGCAUUGUGUAGAACACUGGUUGCACAGAUCACUGUAGCAGUGUUCUCUAGUUUCAGGCUUAGACCUCGCUUUCAACAUCUGAAGCGUUGCUUCCUGACUUCUAUUGCUCUCUCCACCAUGUUUUGGGCACCUUUUUGCGCCUCGUGGUACCUGCACUCAGGAAUUGUUGUGGGGUUGAGCACAGGUGUCAAUAGAUGCGACUCAAAAGGGUGGCCCAUGCAUAUCUCUUCCCUCUAAGGGAAUGUCCAAGCCACUCAAACUGAAAAUCUGGCAUUGUGAAAUAGAAAUCCAGGACAUAACUGAGAUCCUCGUUCAAAGCAGGACCAGCGACUUAUCAUUUGCAUCAGUUGCCUUGCACACUUCUUCCCAAGUUUCUAAUCUGAGCAAGUUGUGGAAUUACAUUAUGUUUCUUUGGGAACAGUUAUAGGUUUCUUGAUGUACCCGCAAAUAAUGAUCCUCCAGACAAAUUACAGACACCUCCUUAACAAAUUAUAGAUGCUUUGGCCAUAACUGUACGUGAUCAUCAGCAUAUACCAGUUUCAUUUGCAGAGCUAUCUCGUUCCACACAAAAUUUAGCAAAUAUAGCAGAACAGGAGGAAGUGUUAGGGCUAUCUCCUACUAUGCAGAUUAUAGAUGUACCAGAAACAAAAAUACAAAUAUAAUAAAUCAGAAAGGUGUUUCUGAAGCAGUUCCACAGAUCUUUGGAAAAUUUUCCAAAGAACAGCAAGACUGACUUUCUUAUAAAUAAUUUUGACAAAAACCUCAGGGAAAAUACUUCAGCACAGAUGAUAAAAAUUGUACACAAUGGCCAAAAGAAAAUGUUGCAAUUUUAUGAGAAGAUUGAAACCUCUGUCUUAAAUAAAAACAUUAAUAAAUUUAAUGAAAACCGUCCUCAUUAGCACAGGUGUUAAUGAGAUUAUCUGAAAAGGAAUCUAAUUGGAAGAUUAUCUGAAAGGAAGAAGAGGAAAAUCUGAAAGAUAGUUGUGCAAAAAAUGUCCCCAUUGACAAAGUUUGGGUGCUUAUGUAGAACACAAUUGCUAGCAAGAGUGAACUAUGACAGUCAUGGGGUUUAAAAAUGAGAAUGGAAGAUUGGGGAACCAAUCGAACCGAUAAAUUAGCAAACCACACUGUUUUGUAUGUUGAAAGGCAUAAUCUCAGAGUGGAAGCUUCCCAUUUUAUUUGGUUUCUGUUGCCAUCAAACAUCAGCACAUCAGCUAAUAAGAUGUAUGAAGAUCUGCAUUAGAGGUGUUACACAUGCUGGCUUUAAUAUUGUUGAAAUGAAUUAGAAAUAAUCUUUUAACAAAAAAUUUGGAAAUCGAUGUGGAAAUUUGAAGGAACCUAAAUUAGCUUCAUAGCACAUCAUAGAAAUGGCCUAUAGCAUUGAUAGACAUGUAAAAAAUAUUAAUAAGGACGUGAGGAAAUUCUGAUGUACAUAUUCUAUCCAAGAAAAUAAAAUAAUGAGAGUUAAAUGUGCCACACAGACUUUUAGUAAAUCAGUGUUGGCAUACAGAGAAUUUAUAUCUAGAAGUUGAAUUUGAAACUUCAUCGAAAACUUUAAAUUCCUAAAAAGGAAGGUCUGGCAACAGCACAAGUUUUAAAUUUUUUUAAAUGAUUUAUUUGAUUCCUGCAAUGAGAAAGCAGAUUUUAAUUUAUCAUCUGUAUCAAAUGGUAGCCUUCGCAGACCUUUUUUGGAUGGAAGCAAAAUUAAUAAAUUUUGUAAAAAUUUGUAAAAAAAUUAACAAAUGCUAUUUGUGAACCCAACCACUCACAAAGAGGAAAAAGUUCCAUCCUUAACAAAUUGGAUCUUUAUGAUCGAUGGUUUCAUGUCAUUAAGCCAUUAAGCCAUAAAUAAACCAAACUUGGGUUCAGCCUCUUUAGAACCAGGAAUGUGAAUCUUUAAUGUGAAAGGUCGAAUAAACCAGGAUGCUCUUGAAAAUUUUUUUAAGCUCUAUCAGAAGUUAUAAUGGACCAAAUUCAAAACCUACUCCUCAACAAUUUUUUUAAUUCCUACCGGACAUUAUUAUUUAAUAAUAAGAACUGUGCCAAUAUUAUUGGGAAUUGCGAGGAAGCAGAAGGGAACUUGCUAUUUACAUUUCAAAAAUUUGUUUUCCAACAAUGUGAACAAACAAAUGAAACGGGUAGAUAUAGAGUGAAACCUCUGAGAAAAUCCCUGAAAUUCCAAUGCUCAGUCACUCAUAUCUCUUUUGGAUAAUCUUGGCCAAGCAAUAAAGUAAUAAGCAGGGUCCCUGGUGUAGAGAGUUAUUAAGAAUACACCAAUGUAGGGGACGUUGAUCAAGCCCUAAUCGAGCUGUUGCAAGAAUUGCAAGGAACCAAUGAAAUGCCUGUGUAUUGUUCCUAUACAUGCUGAAUAAGUAUAUCUUUAGAAGAUUUCCCUGAAAUUAAUGAAAAAGAAUCUAAUGAUCCCAAAAUGUAUGAAAAAGAAUCUGAUGAAGAUCCUGAACAAAACUCACCAAUAUAUUCCAACAAUAAUUCCAGACAGCAAGAGAAAGCACCAGCACAAGCAACAGUAGAGAAUCUGAGAAGAUUGUCCCUUAUGAACUGCUUCCUGGUGACUUUGUCAUAGUUAAAUACAAUUCAAACAAGCGAAAUGAGAUUCAUAGGCAAAAAUUGCCAUCACCUUUGAACCCCUACAAACAGAGAAGUGCCUCUGAAAGAGGGUUGGAAAGAAAACAACUGUAUUUGUCUACCCAGGUAUCGACGAUGUAUGUGAAGUGAGAGGAGAAUAAAAGUCUCCAAAAUUCAAAGGGGACAUUUUUUGUUGACCAUUUGUACGCAUUCUAAGUUUUAUUAUUUUGAUUUUAUUUCUUAUGAUAAUUUUGUAACUUU